GGAGUUUGCUAAAUGCCACAAUUCACUACUUAUGAAACCCGUCAUAUACUUAUUAAUAUUACCAAACAAAUUCUUGCAAACGCUUUCCCAUUACCCCAUCCCAUGAUGCACGUUUUCAAUCGACCAAUCAGCGUGCGUCGCUUGGGACCUAGCUCAAUUUUGCGCAGAAGCCGAACGAAGGCAAAACCCAUUUCCAUUUCUCCUCCCCCAACAGUCUGAUCUUAUCAGAUUCGUGCAACAACCAACGUACAACACCAGCAAGAUGCCCAACAUAGCUGCGAACUCCUUGCGGCAGGCAUCGCGCCUUUGCUUGAAGCCGGCUGUCUCGAAUGCGAGUUUGCUACGAGCUUCUACACAUCGCGCUGCCGCCAUCUCUGCCCAAAAGAUCGCAACGAGGGGUUACGUCUCGGAGUCCAAGAAAGAUAAUGCACAGGUCAGCGUCGAGACCGCCAUCCGGGCUGAUCAGAAGCAGUUCUUUCAAGAGACUGGUAAACGUCCACAGGACGAGAUUGUCCCAGGAACCAGCACAACUGCAGAUGCCAUGAUGAGUCCUAUGGCGGGUAUGUCCACAUCUGAUCUCCGGGAAAAGAGCAAACGCUGACAAAAAGUGAAGGUGUACUCAAACAAGCCACCAUCAUGGACGAGGGCCAGCGACCGAUUUAUCUCGAUAUGCAAGCCACGACUCCUCUGGACCCGCGAGUGCUCGAUGCCAUGCUGCCAUAUUACAGUGGACUCUAUGGAAAUCCCCAUUCAAGAACACAUGCAUAUGGAUGGGAGACCGAUAAGGGAAUCGAGGACGCUCGCGAGCAUAUCGCUAGUCUGAUCGGAGCUGACCCCAAGGAAAUUAUCUUCACGAGCGGUGCUACAGAGAGUAACAAUAUGAGUGUGAAAGGCGUCGCAAGAUUUUUUGGUCGAAGCGGCGGAAGGAAAAACCAUAUCAUCACCACACAAACGGAGCACAAGUGUGUUUUAGACAGUUGUCGCCAUCUGCAAGAUGAAGGCUUCCAAGUCACUUACCUACCAGUACGAAAUUCUGGCUUGAUUGACAUGAAGGAGCUUGAAGCGGCCAUCAGACCUGAAACUGCAAUUGUUAGUAUCAUGUCGGUCAACAACGAAAUUGGUGUUAUCCAACCGUUGGAAGAGAUAGGAAAACUUUGCAGAUCCAAAAAGGUCUUUUUCCAUACCGAUGCCGCUCAGGCCGUCGGAAAGAUACCCAUGGAUGUCAAUAAGAUGAAUAUCGACUUAAUGUCCAUCUCAUCACACAAAAUAUAUGGACCCAAAGGAAUUGGAGCCUGUUACGUACGAAGAAGACCUCGUGUUAGAAUUGACCCAAUCAUCAGCGGAGGUGGACAAGAGAGAGGAUUGAGAAGUGGCACGCUCGCACCCGCACUAGUUGUUGGUUUCGGUCAGGCGUGUCGGAUUGCCAAGGAGGAGCUUGAAGUAAGUUUUACCCCACCUGUUUCCUCUAUCCCCUAUUUUUACAUGAUGAUUUACAUUACAUAUGCAUGGCUUUCCAAGUGUAUCUCCUUGCUUGCAAGUUGAGGUUUCCUUGACGAGAACAGUACCCUGUCUGAAUUCAAUUAUUUCCCGAUGUUAUCUUGACUUUUUUUAUGAGCUUAAGCUGACACUCUUUCAAGUACGAUUCAAAGCGAAUCAAGAAGCUUUCCGAUAGACUCCUUAAAGGUCUCCUAUCCCUUGAGCACACAACUCAGAAUGGUGACUCAAAAUCCUUCUACCCAGGUUGCGUCAAUGUCUCCUUUGCGUAUGUCGAGGGUGAGUCUCUCUUGAUGGCAUUGAAAGACAUCGCCUUGUCUUCCGGGAGUGCGUGCACAUCCGCCUCAUUGGAACCUAGUUACGUCCUCCGAGCUCUUGGAAGCAGUGACGAGAGUGCGCACAGCAGUAUCCGAUUCGGAAUCGGUCGUUUCACAACGGAGUCAGAAAUUGAUUACGUUCUCAAGGCUGUCACGGAUAGAGUCUCAUUCUUGCGAGAGUUGAGUCCGCUCUGGGAGUUGGUACAGGAGGGAAUUGCGCUUGACAGUAUCGAGUGGAGUCAGCAUUAGUUUUGCUCACGAAGACGGAUGAUUUUUGCUCUUGGUUGGCAUGGGUUUCUUAUUUUUAAGGUAAAGCAGGCAAAGCGGGCGUCUUGAUUUGAUUUUCGGGGAACAUGUGUAUGAAUUGUGUAUUGUAGCAUUUUGAUAGCCGCACACGAUAUGGCUGGUGCGAGGCUUCUACGAAGGAAGUAGCUAGGUUCUUUCUUUUCAAAUAACCUGUGUGUAUAACAAACACGACGAUCUUCCAAAAUUAUAGCUUUGUGGCUGCUGGA